UUUUUGACACCGAGUCAUCUUUAAAAACGAGAGAGGAAUCCAAGUAUUCUACUUUUUCGGGAUGAGUUAGAAAAAGAAACAUGUCAUCUAAACGAAAGUCACCUCCGUCGAAAUUGCAAGAAGGUGCCGCCGACACGGACAAGCCCGAAGCCGGCCCGGCUCCCCUGGACUUCCCGGACACCCAGGAGGAGGACCAGACCUACUACAAGUUCUCUCCAAGUUCUUCCACCAGAAGUUCCAUCAGCGAGGAGGAUCAGUUCGAAGAAGAGAGACCGAGCAAGAAACAAAGAUUCGAGCAAAGCUUAGAAAUGACAAAUAACCUUCUAGUCCCCUCCUCUUUUUUAAGUCUUCACCAAGUCAAUGAUCUUCAAGCUAGACGCCGCGGCUCCUCCGAAUGUAGCAGUCCUGGUGCUGAAGCUAAAUUGGGUCUUUGCAAUAAUAACAAUUCAUUGCUGAAUCAUAAUAGCGCGCUGUCGCUCGGGAACCCGCAUAAGCGGUCGAUGGAUGACGUGCUGAAGAGGUUGACGUCUAAAAUGAACAAUAGUACUAUUAAAGAGGAGAAGAGGCCUACGCCGUCGACUACGCCUGUUAAGCAGAACAACGACAGACGAGGAGUGCUAGACGCGGCAGCAAUCCAGGCGUUGGCCGGCGAAAGUGUGCUGGAGAAAGAAAGACAGCUGUCGGAGAUGAUUCUACAGCUGCAGAUGGUACGGGAGCAGCUGUUAGCGCAGCAGGAGCAUGCUAAGAAUAUCGGCAAUGUGACAGCUGAAUUGGAGUUCCAAAGACUGCAGCAGGAGCAACUGAGGAGACAGGAGCUGGUCCGGCGCGGGCAGCAUGGCCUGUAUCCUGGGCCGCCGCUGUCUCUACUGCCGAUGUUGGAGCAGAUGAGGGCUCAACAGCCAAAUGUGAGUAUUUUUGUGGGUUCCCCCUGGCCGGCGACCGCGCAGCUAGCACAACUGACCGCCAGCGCGCGCUCGCCGCCGCCGGACCCCGACGCGCCCCUCAACCUCAGCAAGCAGCGCUCCCCAUCCCCCGCGCCAAUGAUGCUGCCCCGCUUCGUGCCGUACCCACCUGUGCCGGACUCCCCCCAAUACAGCAUGCAGAAGGACGAUGAUUACAAUGCGCAGUGUAACACGUCCUCCUGGGGCCAAUCACCCGCCGAAGACACCGAGAAGGCGAAGCUCGUCCGCCAACCGAAGCGCGACGAGGCAGGCAAGCCCCACAUCAAGCGGCCAAUGAACGCCUUCAUGGUCUGGGCCAAGGACGAACGUCGGAAGAUCCUCAAAGCCUGCCCGGAUAUGCAUAAUUCUAACAUAUCGAAGAUAUUAGGGGCGCGGUGGAAGGCCAUGUCGAACGCUGAGAAACAGCCGUACUAUGAAGAGCAGUCGAGGCUGUCGAAGCAACAUAUGGAGAAGCACCCUGAUUAUAGGUACCGGCCGCGACCCAAGCGGACUUGCAUAGUCGACGGCAAGAAGAUGCGGAUAUCGGAAUACAAGAACCUGAUGCGCACGCGGCGCCAAGAGAUGCGGCAGCUGUGGUGCCGGGAGGGGGGCAGCGAGCUGGGCUUCCUGCCCUCCCUGUCUUCCCCGGGGCCUUCGAACUCCUCCCCCCCUCCCAACGGGGGGAGCUACCUGGCGGCCGGGUUCUCGCCGCCGCUGUCGCCGCGCGAGGACUGAGGGCCGGCGCGCGGCUGGCCCUACCCGCACGCCGCGCCCCUGGCCCUCCCCCCCUCUCACCACCCCUGGUAACUUCUAGAAAAGAAGACCUCUUUAUGGAACAUUUAUUGUGCUACUUGCCUGUAAAUUUAGGCAAUAUCGAUGCCAGUGUCACAAUUGGAUCUCUCUCGUUUAUACAAAAUGUUUAAUUAUGAGAUUAUUCCAUUAGUGAAAUAAGCGUUAGGGCCCUUUAGGGGUUAUUUGGAAUAUUUGGCGAUUAUGCAAAAUUGUGCCAAACGUUUAACCAACAAUUAGGGAAUUAGAUAAAAGUGUAUAUAACUUCAAUAUUUAAAAGAUCAGUCCUGAUAUAAGGGAAAUAUGUACAUACAUCUUUGUAGAUAUGUAACGUUUUGGCUUAUGUAGCGUAAGUUUCAGAGAUUAUAACUAUAGAAGUACCUUUUAACUGUUUUAGACUUGGAAACAUGUUCCAAGGAUUGUAUGUAUGUAGACGCUUUAGACUUUAAAUCGAGAAUAUAUCAAACCAAAAAUUCGAAGCGUAUGCUUGAAAAUUGUAGUGUUUUGAACACAGAACUGUUUUGAAUCCAGUGAGAUCUGUUAAAGCAUAAUGAUUGUAAUAAAAUAAUAAUCUUAAUACUCAUAGUUUUAGUAGAAAUCGCUACUAUUGUAAGAUACAGGUUAUUUGGUAUUUGUAAGAAUAGUGGAAAUUGUUUUUCAUUUUCUGAGGACUUUUUUAAAUCUUUAUAAAAGAUUGUUUUGAACCAGUGUGCACAAAGCUUUACAUUGUCAAUUCAGUAAUUGUCAAUUGUUUUUAUACGAACCGGUGUUUUUUUUAAACGCGAUUAUUUUUCGCCGAGCAGGCUUGGCUCUCUAAAUCUAGUAUUAUUUAGAGGUACAAUUUUACAUAUCUACCAAUUCUGAUAUGAAUUCUUAUUGUAACCUGUAAAAUUGUAACCUUAUACAGUUUUGACGUAGUUACAUAAAAGAGCCAAUCCAUAUAAAGCAAUAGUAAAAAUUAAUGUUUUGUAGCACAGACAUAGACACUAGCGACAUCUAGUUCUGCUGUCAAAAUAAUUCAUGAUAAAUAAUAUAAUUAGGAGUUCUGUGGCGACUCCGUGCGUAUGGUUGUCUAGAGUCUGUGGUUUAAGCAAAAAUGUAUUAAUUUUCAAAAUAUGGAUUGGUUCUUUUACGCCUAAUUAUGUCUAAAUUUGGUAAAAUUGGCACGAAUGUAGACGCGGUAUAUCCCCACCGACUGGUGGGUUAUUAUUAAAAUAAAAUAAAAAAUGUUCGCUUUAUCAAACCGUGCAAUUUUAUUAGUAGGAAAUAGUCUAAGCUGUAGGUACAAGCAUAAUAAAUAAAAUGUGUCAUUACUUAGAAAAAGGGACUUUGGUGAGGUUGGCCGAGAGCCAAGCGCCCAUUGGUUCAUUUUCCCAUGAAACGACACAAUUAAGCGUUUAUAAUAAGUACAGAAUACAAUGUUGUAUAAUAGAUAUUUAGAGUUAAAUAAACCGUGGUUGUUUGACGUUAAUUGCCAUUUAUAAUUUUUGUUAUUUAUUUUUCUUAAAAGUUUUUGUUUCCCUUUUUUUAUUUGUAACGCUGUAUGCCAGUAAUCGAGAACGUAGACUAGUGUAAGAGUAAAUUAAAAAAAUGUGUACGUGGAUUAAUGUUUAUGGAUUAAGUAGU